AGUAUAAGCUCAAAUUUAAAUUGAACUUUCAGGGGUGCAACUCUCAUUUGGAUCACGUCAGCUCAGAAUUCCCAACAAACUUCAUUAAAUUUACAACAGAAUCUGUUUCUCUGUUUGAUUUUUCGUCACAGAAAUUCGCGAUAAAUCCCUCGAAGACUACAAAUUGAUUAUCCUGAGUUUGAUUAAGGUUGGGAUAGGAUGAGUUGCUAUUUAAGUUCUGGUUGCAAUAACCAACGAUGCAGUCAAUCUCAGAAGGUUUCAAUUGGGAUAGUUGUUGAUUCAGUUGUGAAAUCACGUCAUGAUUUUAUCAAGGAUGCAUCAAAUCAUAAUGCACAGCGAACAGUGAAGGCUUCUACUACUGUGAGUAAGUGUGCAAAUGAUGUUAAGGAGGGUUCUGUUAGGGUUACCACUGCAUCCUUUGGUGCUAAGUUGAAAAGGAAAAACUCUGAUCAUGUUGUAAACCAUGCAUCUAGACCAGCUACAAGUAAUUUAUAUAUAAAACAAUUAUUCCCCAAUCAUGCAAUGCCCGAGUUUGAUGUUGUCAACAAGACAGAAGGGGACCAAGUUUCUGGGAAGGUAAAUAAGAGUGUAUUUAUGAAUGAUACAACUCAGAAAAUUUCAGCUGCACCCAAACAGAAAGUUGAUUGCGACGGCAAAGUAAUAGAGGACAGAAGCAAAGAAGCUUUGAGGAUGAAGUUGCACGAGCUAUUAGGAUCUGGUGACAAGAAAUUUGGUAAUUCAGAUACUCCUGAAGUGGAUGUGAAUGAGAUAAGGAAGGAAACUGAAAAGGAUGAGAUCGAUUUCAAGCCUAGGCAGAAUUCUGAUAGUAUCGAGACUGAUUCUGAGAAUGUAGACCAGAUGACUAAAAAACCUGUGACCCGCAAUCUUACUAGAAGGAGGGCUACUACAGCUAGGAAGCGGCCAAGAAACUUAAAGUCUAAGUCCUUAACCUGUGGCAAAGAGGGACUUCAAGGGGCUGACGUCUUCUCUUUUGCUGAAAAAUCUGCAGUUUCUCCACCUUGUGCUAUAAAACGUGUUUGCUCAAUAGUUGAGAAAAAUGACCAUAAAAGAAGUUGUGGUAUCAAACCAAGGUACAAAUUGUCUCCUGUAAAAGACUUGAGAAAUAUCCAGCCUAAGAUAAAUGGGGUUGAAAAGGCAAACGCAGUUGAGGAUUCACCAUUAAGUUGUGGUGGUGUGAAAUCUCCUAAGAAUACUCGUCUUGAUGAGGGUCUUGAACCUGAUGCUGCAGUGCAGAACUUAUCUUUUGGCCACUUCCCUGUAGCCAAAGAGAAAGUUCAGUCUCCCUCUCCAACAUCACAGGAAAAGUCAGAGCAUCUUGAACCCGUUGGUGAUCAAUCUCCAGUGCACCAAGUUGAUAAUUUGAACCAAUGUCUAGUGCACAAUGUUGAGGAUUUGAACAAAUCUCCAGUGCACCAUGUAGAUACUUUGAAGCAGUCGUCAGUGCAUAAUGUUGAUGAUUUGAACCAAUCUCCAGUGCACCAUGUUGAUGUUAUAAAUAGUCAAAGGUUUAAAAUGAAGAAAACUGCACUGGAUUCUCCUAUGGGAUCCUAUCCACUGACAAAUGAUAAGAGGGGUUUUCAAGGAUCUGUGCAACAAGAGGGAGGAGCAGGUUCUAAAGCUAAAUGUUAUACUCCUAGUACAUCAUCAGAGAAGGAGAUUUCUGAAUAUUCUGAUCAUGCGGAUAAGCUUGAAGAUUCCCCAGCCAGUACCCUAAAGUCAUCCUCAGAAGAAAAUGAUGCAGCCUCUCCAGAAGUAGACGAUGUUCACACAUCUCCAGAGAGCAGAUUGACUCCUAAAUUGAGUGCAGAUGUUGAUGAUGAUUUGAUGUGCUAUGAAGAAAGUCAAGAUGAUGGAAUGGCAAGAAUGGUUUCUUUAUUGGGUCUGGCUUUAGAAAAAAUUAAGAACAAAGUGAUUUCUCUCACAAACAAAAAAUGUUCAGAAAUUCUGGUGUCUGCUGCUGUAGAAAUACAGUUACAGCUACAAGGUGUUGAGUCUCAGAUUCAGACUGAUUUAGGGAAACUGACUGACAUCAAGACAUCCAAAAGAAAACAUUUGGAGACAAGGUUUCAAGAACAAAAGGAUCACUUGAAUGCUAUGCAUAAAAAGUUCAAGGAAGAUAUCUGCCAGUACCUUAAAGAUUGUAAAGGUGCAAUGGAAGGGAUGGAAGAAUACCAUUUAGAGCUACAAGGAGCUAUUGAAAAGCAAAAAAAAUUACAUAAGAAACUUCUUUUGCAAACGGAAGCAACAGUUGAAGCACAACUCAGUGAUGCAGAACGACAGAUGAAGUUUGUACGUAAGUUGGGAAAACAGAAGAUGCAGCAGUUGCAAGUCGUUAUUGCAGAAUGUCUGAACGGCUAAAUCACCUAUUAAUCAGUGAAAGUAUAUAUUCUGUAGAAUGGCCGACCAUUUUCCUCGUGUUGGGGCAUCGUGUAAUACGCUUAUCUGUGAACUCUGACAAUACAUGUGGGUCGGACUUCCACCGAACAUUUUGUAAUCAGUAAAGGAGGGAGUUUCUGAGUCUAAGCCAAUUGCAACCUUCUGCUGAAGGAUAAUAUAGCCAUAUAGCCAUAUAGGAAGUACUAUUGAGUAUUGAACAUUAUUUAGUGGUAGAAUGUUGUUUCAUUAAAGAUUCAAGUAUAUUAAGAUGAGACCUUGGUGAAGGCUUUUUCACUAUACUAUUAUAGGAGAAGGUAUAAUCUUUACAUAGUCUAUCUAUGUCUACUAACACAUCGUUAGUUAUUUGUAGAAAGAA